AACCGGCCAGAUGAACCGAGUUUAUAAAGUCCAAAGAGUGACAUCUGACUCGUAUAAUUCCAAUAGUUUUUCUUUUGGGUUAAAUUCUCUUUUUUUUACCCCCCGCAAGAAACCAAUGGAGGAGAAAGCGAAGAGGAUCACGAAUGGAGACGGAGGCAAUCAGAAAGUAGCGUUUUACAAGCUUUUCAGGUUUGCAGAUCGAUACGACAUCAUUUUAAUGGCGGUUGGGACUAUCUCCGCCAUGGCCAACGGCCUAGCUCAGCCGAUAACGUCAGUACUCAUAGGCAAAAUCAUUAACGUCUUUGGCUUCUCUGAUCAUGAUCACAUGGUUAAAGAAGUCUCCAAGGUUGCUUUGAAGUUUCUUUACCUUGCAGUCUACGCGUGCGUUGUGUCUUUCCUGCAGGUCUCAUGUUGGAUGGUAACUGGGGAGCGUCAGUCCGCCAGAAUUCGAGUGCUAUACCUCAAAACAAUAUUAAGACAAGAUAUUGGCUUUUUUGACACCGAGACAAGCACCGGUGAAGUCAUCGGCAGAAUGUCCGGGGACACCAUUCUUAUUCAAGACUCCAUGGGAGAAAAGGUUGGGAAAUUUGUACAGUUAAUAUCAACAUUUGGUGGAUUCACAGUCGCUUGUAUAAUUGGCAGACGCCUCACAGUAGCUCCUAUUCCAUGCAUUCCAUUGAUCGUGGCCACUGGUGGUGCAAUGGCCUUGAUCAUGUCCAAAAUGGCUGGUCGUGGCCUACACGCUUAUGCGGAAGCUGGAAAUGUAAUAGAACAAGCUGUUGGGUCGAUUAGAACAGUCGUGGCAUUCACCAGAGAGAAACAAGCAACCCAAAAAUAUGAGAAGAAGCUCGAGAUUGCCUAUAAAUCUAUGGUUCAACAAGGGCUCUUCUCGGGUCUAGGCCUUGGAAUAAUGAUGGUUGUAAGUUAUUGUACAUAUGGUAUUGCCAUUUGGUACGGUGCUUGGCUGAUAAUGGAGAAAGGAUAUACUGGAGGUCAAGUCAUGAACGUGAUUUUCGCAAGUUUGGGUGGAGGAAUGUCGUUGGGGCAGACAUUACCUUCUCUUAACGCUUUCGCGGCUGGACAAGCCGCAGCCUACAAAAUGUUUGAGACUAUAACAAAACCAAAGAUAGAUGCUUAUAGCAUGACUGGUAAGGUUUUGGACGAGAUUAAAGGAGACAUUAAGCUAAAAGACGUGUAUUUUCGAUAUCCAGCAAGACCUGACGUGCAGAUCUUUGCUGGAUUUUCGUUGGUUGUACCAAAUGGCACCACCGUGGCUUUGGUGGGGCAGAGUGGAAGCGGAAAAUCAACAGUGAUCAGUCUGAUUGAGAGGUUCUAUGAUCCGGAAUCAGGAGAAGUUUUAAUUGAUGGAAUUGCUUUAAAGAAGCUUCAGUUAAGAUGGAUCAGAAGCAAGAUUGGUUUAGUAAGCCAAGAGCCUAUACUUUUCGCAACCACAAUCAGGGAGAACAUUGUUUAUGGGAAAGAAGAUGAAGAAAUUAGAACCGCGGUUAAGCUGGCUAAUGCUACUAGGUUUGUCGACAAACUGCCGCAGGGUUUGGACACAAUGGUAGGAGAUCACGGGACACAAUUAUCUGGUGGACAGAAGCAGAGGCUCGCGAUUGCUAGGGCCAUAUUGAAAAACCCUAAAAUCUUGCUUCUUGAUGAAGCAACAAGUGCUUUAGAUGCGGAAUCAGAACGAACAGUUCAGGACGCUCUUGUUAAGCUAAUGUCAACCCGGACAACCAUCGCGGUGGCUCAUCGACUUACCACUAUUAAAACCGCCAGCAUGAUCGCCGUUGUGCAGCAGGGCAAAAUCAUUGAGAAAGGAACUCACGAGGAGAUGAUUCCAGAUCCCGAGGGAGCGUAUUCACAGCUUGUUAGUCUACAAGAAGUAUCAAAGAAAGGAGGAGUGGAGGAACUGGAGCUGCGUGAGAAUAUAUCCGUUAGCCACAACCAAACCGAUUUUGGUUUACCGAGACCGAUUAAUUUGAACCAAACCAAAGAAACCCACGAGAAUAAGUCUUCCACGGAGAACAAAGCGUCCAAGAAACGCGAGAAAGUAUCGUUGCGACGGCUUGCUCACCUCAACAAACCAGAGAUUCCAGUUUUGUUGGCCGGUUCAUUGGCUGCAGCGGUUCACGGUAUUGUGUACCCGGUCCAAGGGCUGCUUAUGUCUAGCACCAUCAAGAUAUUCUUCGAGCCUUCAGAUCAACUACGUAAAGAUUCACAUUUCUGGGCUAUCAUCUUCGUCUUGCUCGGUUUAACGGAUCUGAUCGUGGUUCCGUUUCAAAACUAUCUGUUCGCUAUAGCUGGAGGAAGACUUAUCAAACGCAUUAGAUCAUUAUCUUUUGAUAAAGUUAUUCACCAGGAGAUAAGUUGGUUCGAUAAUACAGAAAGUUCUAGUGGCGUGAUUGGAGCAAGGUUGUCUACCGAUGCUUCAGCAGUGAAGAGUAUAGUGGGUGACGCUUUGGCGUUGAUCAUGCAAAAUAUAGCGACUGUAAUCGCUGCAUUGGUUAUAGCGUUUACGGCUAAUUGGAUAUUAGCUAUAAUAAUCCUUCUUAUGACACCAAUUAUAGUCCUUCAGGGUUACUUUCAGACCAAGUGUAUAGCCGGUUUUAGCGCAAACGCCAAAGAAAAAUACCAAGAAGCGAGUCAGGUUGCCAGUGAUGCGGUGAGCAGCAUAAGAACAGUUGCAUCAUUCUGUGCAGAGGAUAAAGUGAUGGAUCUAUACCAACAGAAAUGCGAGGCACCAAAGAAACAAGGUGUCCGGUUAGGACUAGUGAGCGGUUCGGGCUACGGUAUCUCAUUCUUGCCUCUCUACUGCAUCAAUUCCUUAUGUUUUUACGUAGGUUUCUGGUUAAUCCAGAAGAGGAUUGCCACGUUUGGAGAAUUCUUUCAGGUUUUCUUUGCGUUAACUAUGACCGCAUUAGCAGUGUCUCAAACGAGUGCUAUGGCACCUGAUAGAAACAAAGCCAAAGACUCUGCUGCUUCUAUUUUCGAGAUACUUGAUAGUAAACCGAAAAUCGAUUCGAGUUCCAACGAGGGGACAGUGUUACCAAUUGUGCACGGUCAUGUCGAGUUUCAACACGUCAGUUUCCGGUAUCCGACACGACCAGAUAUUCAGAUUUUUAGUGACUUAUGCUUAACUAUCUCCUCUGGACAGACCGUGGCAUUGGUUGGAGAGAGCGGGAGUGGGAAAUCUACGGUGAUAAGCUUAAUCGAGAGAUUCUACGAUCCAGAUUCAGGCAAAGUUCUCUUGGAUCAAGUUGAUGUUCGAAUAUUGAAACUGAGUUGGUUGAGGCAACAGAUGGGUUUGGUUAGUCAAGAACCGGUUUAAUUCAACGAGACAAUCAGAUCAAACAUAGCUUAUGGCAAAACCGGUGAAGCCAGGGAGGAAGAGAUCAUAACCGCGGCCAAAGCAGCUAAUGCGCAUAACUUCAUAAGCACGUUACCGCAAGGCUACGAAACUUCGGUAGGUGAACGCGGUGUACAGUUAUCCGGUGGUCAGAAACAGAGGAUCGCCAUAGCUAGGACUAUUCUCAAGGAUCCUAAGGUUUUGUUGCUUGACGAAGCAACAAGCGCGUUAGACGCGGAGUCUGAGCGGGUGGUGCAGGAUGCGCUUGACCGCGUGAUGGUGAACCGGACCACGGUUGUGGUGGCUCACCCGCUCACUACGAUUAAGAACGCGGAUGUUAUUGCGGUUGUGAACGACGGUGUGAUCGCCGAGAGAGGGAGACAUGAAACGUUAAUGGAGAUAUCAGGUGGUGCUUAUGCUUCGCUUGUAGCUUUUCACAUGAGUGCGAAUUGAAAAAAAAACGUUUUUGUUUUGUAAUGAUCUUAAAAGCUUUUGUUU